ACACAGUGCUGCACGAGCUCCCGGGGGCGAAUUGAGAUGUCUGGUAUUGUAGCACAAGCAAUGUCAAAGUUCCGCUUAGCUGUCGUGCAGCUUCACGUCUCAAAGGUGAAGGCAGACAACCUGAGCAGGGCAUGCAGACUGGUGAAAGAAGCAGCAGGUCAAGGGGCAAAGGUCGUGAUUUUACCAGAGUGUUUCAAUUCCCCUUAUGGGACAGGAUUUUUUGCUGAAUAUGCAGAGAAGAUUCCGGGAGAGUCUUCCCAGGCGUUGUCAGAAGCAGCCAAAGAGAGUGGCAUUUAUCUAGUUGGUGGGUCCAUUCCCGAGGAGGACCAGGGGAAACUGUAUAACACAUGCUCGGUGUUUGGCCCAGAUGGCCACCUGCUGGCCAAGCACAGGAAGAUCCACCUCUUUGACAUUGAUGUUCCUGGAAAAAUACGGUUCCAAGAGUCAGAAACUUUGAGUCCAGGAAGCAACUUCACUAUGUUUGAAACACCAUUCUGUAAGGUUGGAGUUGGGAUUUGUUAUGAUAUUCGAUUUGCAGAGCUAGCGCAGAUAUAUGCUCAGAAAGGUUGUCAGCUGUUGGUAUAUCCCGGUGCCUUUAAUAUGACCACAGGGCCGGCCCACUGGGAGCUGCUGCAGAGGGGGAGAGCGGUGGACAACCAGGUGUUUGUGGCCACUGCCUCUCCAGCCAGAGAUGAAAGUGCCUCCUAUGUGGCCUGGGGUCACAGCUCUGUGGUCAACCCUUGGGGUGAGGUCAUCACAAAGGCGGGGCCAGAGGAGGCUGUCAUUUAUGCUGAUAUUGAUUUGCAGUACUUGUCAGAUGUGCGACAGCAGAUUCCCAUCACUGUUCAGAGACGGACUGAUCUCUACACAGUCCGGCCAGUCUUGGAAAGCUAAAGACCCAUCCACACACAGUUUUACAGACUGUCUGUUUGAAAUUCCCGUCAGGAAGCAGCCCACACCGACAGCCUCUAACAGUACUCUGACAAAAACCGACAAGAACAAAUCUCACGCUCUGAAAAUGCACAAAUGAUGAUAUAAAAAUGAUAGUUUUGUCGAUUGAAAUUGCUCUGACAGUAAUACUUUGUGUGUUUUUAUCAAUGAAAGAACAACCAAAUCAUCAUCGUCGUCGUCAUUAUUCAUGUGGAAACAAAAGGCAUGACCCAGACAGUACACAGUUUUUUCAGUGCUUCUGAUGUUUUUGACUGAAUGGAUAUUCAUGUUAAGAAGACAGGCCAAAUGUGCAGUUCCCUUUGACCUCUUCCACACAUUUCUGUCUGUAGCAC